AUGGCGAGCUGCAGCGCAGUAGGGCUGAUGGCCAUUCUGCGCUGCAGCGCGCCCAGCGCCGCGCCAGCCGCGGCCCUGCGCGCCACCGGCUCCACGCCCGCCUGCAGCGCGCUCGCGAGGUGCACGCUGCCCUCCAGCAGGCGAGCGGCGUGGGUCACGCUCGUACGGUCGUGA